AGUAAGGACCUGUCCGGAGCUCUGGAGGCAACGCUGGACUUUCAGAAGCGCUACAAUCAGCUGCCUCGCAUUCACGACAUCCUCGUCGCUCUGGUGGAGAAAGGAGACACAGAGCUGCUGCAGAAAGCCAUGGACUUCGUGAGUCAGGAGCGAGGGGAGAUGAAUAUGCUGUACGAUCUGUUCUUUGCAUUCCUGCAGACAGGCCGCUUCCGGGAGGCUCGUAAGAUCAUUGAGACCCCUGGUCUGAGGGCAAGGCCUGGACGUCUGCAGUGGUUUGCAGAGAAAUGCAUCUUUGUCAACCAGAUGGAGACCUUGGAGCAGAUGGUAGACAUGACAGCCAAGCUGUUUGAGUGUGACAGAGACGAGAUGUACAGUUACGUCCUCCGCCUCUGUAAGGUGACAAACAACUGGCAGAAGGCCGAGGCCAUGUGGACGAAAAUGCAGGAGGAGAACGUCAUUCCCCGGGAGACGACGCUGCGCAUGAUUGCGGACAUCUUGAAGAAUAAUGGCCAGGAGGUGCCCUUUAAGAUGCCUGAGGCCUGGCACGAAGGAGCUGAGACAGCACAGCAGGACGAGCCGGCACUGCCCCCCACCACAGCCGCAAGUGCUUCUGAAUACCAUACCCGUCUGUUGGCCCUCUGCAAGAAGGGCAAAGCCAAAGAGGCCUUCUGGAUGAUAAAAAAAGCCGAUCAACAGGGUUCGACAUUAACCGCCUCUACUUACGACCACCUGAUCCGUGCACUGUUGGCUGACGGGUCUAUGGAGGAUGCCAUGGUGGUCAGGGACAUGUAUGUGCCUUAACAUCUC